AUGGCACGUGUAUAUGACCACCACGAAUUUUCAGUCGGGUGGUUGCCCACAAAUUCGAAAUGGAAGAACCUUAGGAAAGCUUGUACUGCCCAAAUACUUGCUACACAAUGUCUUGAUGCCACACAAGCCCUUCGACAAACAAAGGUACAAGAGCUAAUUGACCAUGUUAACCAAAGUUGCCAAAGUGGUUCACCCACUGAUAUUGAUCGAUUAGUGUUCACAACAGUUCUUAAUUCAAUAUCAAACACUUUUUUCUCUAUGGAUAUGGCCCAAUAUGACUCUCAGUUGUCCCAAGAGUUCCGGGACCUUGUGUGUGGUGUUGCCAAAGAAAUUGGAAGGCCAAAUAUUGCAGAUUGUUUCCCAGCACUUCGAUUUCUUGACCCCCAAGGGAUUUUAGAUGGUAUCAUCAAGCAAAGACUGCAAUCAAGAGCUUCAUCAAUGGGUUCUAAAGCAGGCAAUGAUGUACUAAAUUCACUCCACAGUCUCAUUGAAAAAGAUAAUUCAGAGAUGAGCCUCCUCGAUAUCAAACAUUUGCUUAUGGACUUGUUUCUAGCAGAGAUCGGUACAAUAUCAACCACUAUGGAAUGGGCAAUGACAGUGUUAUUACAAAACCCGGAAAAAAUGGCAAAACCUCGAGAUGAGCUUAAAGAAGUCCUAGGCAAGGAUGAGCACGUUCAAGAAUCAGACAUCUCAAAGUUCCAUUAUCUUCGAGGUAUAGUGAAAGAAACUUUUCGAUUGCACAAUCCUGUGCCAUUUCUAGUACCCCAUAAGGCUGAAACAAAUGUAGAAAUGUGUGGCUUCAUUGUGCCCAAAAAUGUACAAAUACUAAUUGUUAAGGAUAAGAUUACCUCUGCCAUUCAAAACUCAAAUAUCAAGAUCACACAACUGGAGGAUAACAGCCAAGAUUACAGCAAUCCAGCUCACAGAUAA